CCAGCCUAGGGCUAACCCUAACCCAGCUCCCCAGCAUAGGUCUAACCCUAACCCAGACUCCCAGCCCAUGUCUAACCCUAACCCAGCUUCUCAGCCCAGGGCUAACCAUAACCCAGCCUCCCAGCCCAGGGCUAACCCUAACACAGCCCCCCAGCAUAGGUCUAACCCUAACCCAGCCUCCCAGCCCAGGGCUAACCCUAACUCUAACCCUAACCCAACCCCCCAGCAUAGGUCUAACCCUAACCCAGCCUCCCAGCCCAGGGCUAACUCUAACCCAGUCCCCCAACCCAGGUCUAACCCUAACCCAGCCUCCCAGCCCAGGGCUAACCCUAACUCUAACCCUAACCCAGCCCCCCAGCCCAGGGCUAACUCUAACCCAGCCUCCCAGCCCAGGGCUAACCCUAACUCUAACCCUAACCCAGCCCCUCAGCCCAGGGCUAACCCUAACCCAGCCUCCCAGCCCAGGGCUAACCCUAACUCUAACCCUAACCCAGCCCCCCAGCCCAGGGCUAACUCUAACCCAGCCCCUCAGCCCAGGGCUAACUCUAACCCAGCCCCUCAGCCCAGGGCUAACUCUAACCCAGCCUCCAGGCCCAGGUCUAACCCUAAUUCUUACCCACCCUGGUCCUCCUCACUCUACCAGCCCAGCCAGGGGCACCAACCUAGGCAGGAGCAGCAGCACUCAUCCAGCCAGGCCUCAGCGGAUCAUCAACCCUUUGGACGGCCCUACAACCCCCUGCCCACCUCCUGUGUGGGAGAGCACAACCAGUACAAGAUUUGCAACACCGAUGCCUGUCCUCCAGCCAGUAGACACAUCAGAGCGGUGCAGUGUUCUUCCUACAACAGCUAUCCCUUCAUGGGUCGACUGUACGAGUGGGAGCCUUUCAAUGAAGUUUCAGGGGACCAGCGUUGUGAGCUCAACUGUCGUGCGAUCGGUUUCCGCUUCUACGUGCGUCAGUCGGAUAGGGUCAUCGAUGGGACGCCUUGCGGCCAGAACGAGACUUCCAUCUGUGUGGCAGGGAGGUGUCAGAGUCUGGGCUGCGAUGAGUACCUGGGCUCAGGCAAGGUGAUGGACAAGUGUGGGGUGUGUGGCGGGGACAACACGGCCUGUAAGCUGGUGUCAGGGCUCUUCCAGCAGCACAGCCUGAACAAGGUGGGCUACCACAAGAUAGUGGAGAUCCCAGAGGGAGCCACCAAGAUCAAUGUCACAGAGACGGUGAAGAGCAGGAAUUACCUGGCUCUGAAAAGCCGCUCAGGUCGCUCCAUCAUCAAUGGGAACUGGGCCAUUGACCGGCCAGGGAAGUAUGAAGGGGUGGGCACCAUGUUCACCUACCGACGACCCAAUGAGGUCACCAGCACCGCCGGGGAGUCCUUCCUGGCUGAAGGGCCAACCAAUGAGAUCCUGGAUGUUUAUGUGAUCUACCAGCAGCCCAACCCAGGAGUGAGCUAUGAAUUCAUCCUUCCCUCUGACAACCCUCCACAGCACCCCAACCACAGACCUGGAGGGAAUACUCUGCAUGGGCAAAGUGGGAUUGACCACCGGGGCAACCCCAACCAGGAGGGGUACGAUCCAGCAGGAGGGGGCAAAUACCCUCCCCAGGUACCCAACAACCAGGUGCCAGCGGUCCAGCCACCCAAACGUCAGAGAGAAUACAACUGGAAACUGUCUGGGGCAACAGAGUGUAGCGCCUCCUGUGGCAGAGGUAGCAGGUACACCAUCUUCCGCUGUGUCCACAGACUGAGCCAUGAGCAGGUACCAGGGAACCAGUGUGACAGCAGCACCAGGCCCAGUUCACAGGAGGAGCCCUGCAACCUUCAGUCCUGCCCUGCCUUCUGGGACAUUGGUGAGUGGUCGGAGUGCAGUAAGACAUGUGGCCUGGGUAUGCAGCACCGCCAGGUCUUGUGCAGGCAGGUGUAUGCCAACCGGACCCUUAACGUCCACACCAGCCGCUGCCGCCACCUGGAGCAGCCCGAGACCACCAGCACCUGCCAGCUGAAAAUCUGCAGCGAGUGGCAGAUACGAACCGAGUGGAGCGCCUGCUCUGUUCCCUGUGGCGUGGGCCAGAGGACCAGGGAGGUGCACUGUGUCAGCAACAUGGGAGACUUUGUGUCAAACGAGGAGUGCAACAUGAAUCUGCGACCCAGUGACAAUGAGAACUGUGACAUGGGGCCCUGUGCUAAAAGUUGGUUCUUCACUGAUUGGGGGAAUAAGUGUUCUGCUGAGUGUGGGAUGGGCAUCCGGACCCGUGGCGUUCUGUGCCUGACCAAUCACAUCAGCAGCUUGCCUCUGGAGGGGUGUGGCCAUGAGCGCCCCACUGACUCUCAGGUCUGUAAUCACGGCCCCUGUGAGAGUCGCAUCGAGUGGUUUACAGCCCCCUGGAGUCAGUGUUCAAUGGAGUGUGGCUCGGGCAGCCAGCAGAGGGCAGUGGUGUGUCUGAUGAAGACUGACGAGGGGUUCAAUGUAAUGCCGCCCUACGAAUGUUCUUCUCUAGACAAGCCUCUUAAUCAGCAGAGCUGCCACCUCAAGCCCUGUGGGGCCAUGUGGUACCACACAGACUGGAGCGCUUGUUCUAAGACGUGUGAGGGGGGCUUCCGUGUGAGGGAGGUGCGCUGUCUGUCUGAUGACAUGCUUUCCAGUGAGGGCUGUGAGGAGGAGCUGAAACCAGUGGAGAGAGAGGAGUGCAACCCAGAGCCCUGCGUCCCACACAUAGACGAGAACUGUCGAGACAAGUAUUUCAACUGCAAUGUGGUGGUCCAGGCUCGUCUCUGUGUGUACGACUACUACAAGACAACCUGCUGUUCCUCCUGCACACGAGUGGCCCACAGACAGUCACAACACAGAGCACUCAGCUAGCCCCCUCCCCAGGCCUCAGACCUCUAGGGGGCCUGACACAGCACCCAGAGCAGGCCCUCAGUCCCUGGGCCAAACACACUGACCCACAGUGGAGAGGACAGCCUAGAACCUGACUCUGGGUGGACAUUGACUGGACACUAUAAUAUGAGUGCUGAAAAUACAGACUGAAAAACUGAAAGACCGCAAAGAAAGGAAGUGAAAGCCCAACUUGUUUUUGGCAUGUGAGGAGAUUGCCAAUGGGCAAUACGGGAAACUGAAUGGUUCUUGUAGGAUGGUUGUGAAGGACACAUUUAACAGGGCUAUGAGUGGAGGAGCUCUGGUGAGGCGAGAUGAUAGACAGAACACCAAACCGAAGAAUAUGGAACCACUUUAUGGUCUGUAACCAGAAUCCCCUCCAGUAAAAGUUCCUGUCUGGGUUUAUAUUGUGUUUCACCGGAAGCAGUUUGGCGCUGCCAUUCACCUGAAUGGGUUAAGGUCUAGAAAAAGGUCUUUGGCCGAAACGUUGAUAGAAUAAACAACGUGCAGAGGUAA